UAAGAAAGCAAACUCACUGGACUAUUAUUAUUACAUUUUUGAUGUGGUUUGUGUACGGUCAUCAGUUUGUUAGCGUCGAUCACCAAAUUGUGAUGUUAAAAAUUUUUGGAUCGAGUAUAGGUUUAAAUAAUUAAGAGCCAUUUUUCAAGUGAAUCUUGCGAAAACGUUGAAAUCGACUUGAAGAAUCUGCGGAAUAGGAUUUGAAGGGGUGUGGCUGAUAAAAGACGAAGUUGCGACUUCCGGUGGAAGAAAAAAGAAAGUUAUGGCUUUUGAUAAUGAAAAGCACAGAAGAGACCAAGGCGCAUUUCACCGUCCUACCGGAAUAGUUGUUCCACUGGAGGAGUUAAGACCACUCACGGAAGUUGGCGAAGGAGCAAAUAAUAAUGGACUGAUGAUUGUUGCAACUGUGUCAGGAAAUACCCAAGAUAAUAACAAUGGAGAGAACAACGACGGUUUCAAUAAUAACAAAGGCAAUAUCAGUUAUACUGCAAAGAAGAAUUUUUCCCAAGGUAUGAUGGACAUUGCUCUGUUGACGGCCAACGCUAGCCAAUUGCGGUACGUCAUGCGAUCCCCUUAUUGGGAUUUUCAUCACAAGAUGAACAUUGCACUUAUUUGCAUCAGCAUCGCUCUCCAAAUCUUAGCGGGUGUGCUGCUCGUCUUCGUUAGUCGCAAGGAUUACAAGCGCAGAGAGGUUAACGAAGCAACCAGAAUUCUGAACGAUGUUGUGGUCGUUUUGAUUUUUGCCAUCACCUUCGUCAACAUUUUCAUUGCAACAUUUGGAAUUGACGACGAAAGAACAACAUAUGAACGAUGGAAGCAGGCCUCCGGUGCCCCAGCCGAACCUUUCUACACGCCCAUAGGAGCUACCAUUUCGACUCUUGCUCAUACCCCAUAAAAUAAAAAUGAAUGUGACAUCUCGACACCGGAAAUAAAGUGAGGUAGUAGGCUAAGGAGACUGAGGAGGUGGAUAUUUCUCGGGCAAUAAAUAUGUAAUUGAAUUUCAAUCUAGAGAAAUAAAUGAACUAUAAUCGAAA